AAAGUUCAUGCUCGAUCAGCUGUUGCAGUUGAAAUUUAUUGCUAUACGAUCACGUUAUUUUCAUUUCUGUUUGUAUUAGGAGUUAAAAUGUUCUCUUGUUUUUUUCAAAUUGCGAAUAACUCGACAUAUCGAACACCAUUUUCGAGUGUUCACUGUGCUGCUGAUAAAUCGACAGCUGCGAAUUCAGCUGUUGCUGUUGGAAGUGAAUCAUCAGCGAGCUUGGACUCCUGUGAAUUUGGCAGUAACAAAUAUUUUUUACUAUGUGGAUUAAGUGGAAUUCUGAGUUGUGGUACGACUCACACGUUUAUGGUGCCUCUGGACUUGGUCAAGUGCCGUUUACAGGUGGAUCGGGUUAAAUACAGGAAUCUGUUCCAUGGCUUCAAGGUCACCAUUGGGGAGGAGGGAGCACGUGGUCUGGCUAAGGGAUGGUUUCCAACCCUCAUUGGAUAUUCGGCUCAGGGUUUCUGUAAAUUUGGACUCUAUGAACUAUUCAAAGUGAAAUAUGCCGAGAUAAUUGGCGAGGAGAAUUCCUAUCUGUAUCGCACUUAUUUGUAUCUGGCUGCAUCCGCUUCGGCUGAGAUCUUUGCCGAUGUGGCUUUAGCACCUUUUGAGGCUGCCAAGGUGAAGAUUCAAACGAUGCCCGGUUAUGCUAAUACCUUCCGUGAGGCAGUGCCCAAGAUGAUCAAGGAGGAGGGAGUCGUGACGGCCUUCUACAAGGGAUUGGUACCAUUGUGGAUGCGUCAAAUUCCCUACACUAUGAUGAAAUUCGCCUGUUUCGAGCGCACUAUGGAACUGCUUUAUAAGCAUGUGGUUCCCAAACCACGUGCCGAUUGCAGCAAAUCGGAGCAGUUGGUGGUGACCUUUGCUGCGGGUUAUAUUGCCGGUGUCUUCUGUGCCAUUGUCUCGCAUCCCGCCGAUGUCGUUGUCUCCAAGCUGAAUCAGUCCAAAGGCGCCUCCGCUGGCAGCAUUGUCAAGUCUCUGGGAUUCAUGGGCAUGUGGAGUGGUUUGAUGCCACGUAUUCUGAUGAUUGGCACACUAACUGCCCUACAAUGGUUCAUCUACGACGGUUGUAAGGUCGCUUUGCGUCUGCCACGCCCACCACCGCCAGAGAUGCCCGCCAGCCUGAAAGCCAAGCUAGAAUAAAGCUAAAUACCCCAAAAGUGUUCAAAAAAUAACAAUAUUUAGUCGAAAAUUACAGGAAAGAUUCAACCCUAUCAGCAGGGCGGCUCUGACUAUUCAAUCUUA